CCCUUCGCAGAAACUAACCUUUUCGUCAUCACCGCCACCAUCAUCAUCAUCAGCUUCAGCUUCAGCAACUCCAUCGACGGUCUGGCGUGCGGUAAACAGCGGUUAUAUGUGAAGUGUACAGCCCCUGAUUUCCACGAGUUAGGCCGCCCUGCCUCUCCCUUCUUCAUUACCCUGUGCUGUUCCAGACGAUGACAUUUAAGGCUGGCUAAGUUUGGCGGUGUACGAUAGUGUGGGUCGAGUUGACAUAAACAAGAUGGUGGAUACGAGAGCGUGUCAGAAGCCUUCCAGCAGGCAGAACACAUUCCGAGGCAUCCGGUCCUCAAAGUUCCGGCACGUGUAUGGCAAAGGCGCCCGCAAGGAGAACUGCUACGAGAAUGUGCUCAUCACGCAGAAGGCGCACGACACAGCUGCCUGCGCGGUCAACCCAAAGUUUGUGGCCAUCGCUGUGGAAGUGGCAGGAGGAGGAGCCUUCAUAGUGCUGCCUCUUGACAAGACGGGGCGCAUAGACAUCAACACUCCGAAGGUGACGGGACACGCAGGACCGGUGCUGGAUCUCAAGUGGUGUCCCUUUAAUGACAACCUCAUUGCAUCAGGGGCAGAUGACUGUACUAUAAAGUUAUGGCACAUACCGGAUGGAGGACUCAAGGCUAACCUGACAGAGCCCCUGGCCGACCUGCAGGGCCAUCAGCGACGCGUGUCCAUUGUGGAGUGGCACCCGACGGCUGAGAAUGUGUUGUUCUCUGCAGGUUAUGACUAUCAGAUCCUGGUGUGGGACGCUCGCCGAGGAGUCCUCAUGCAGACCCUUGAUCUCCACACCGAUGUGAUAUACAGCCUCUCUCUGAACCGCGACGGCUCCCGCAUGGCUACCACCAGCAGGGACAAGCGCCUCAGAAUUAUUGACCCGCUCUCUGGGAAGGUCCUGCAGGAGGGACUGUGUCAUGAGGGCUCCAAGGCAUGCAAGGCAGUGUACUGUGGGGACAUGGGGCUGGUCUUCACCACGGGCUUCAGUAGGUUUAGUGACCGUCAGUACGGAGUGUGGGACGAGAAGAACCUCAACACUCCCCUUCGUCUUGACACCAUUGACUCCUCUUCAGGGGUGCUGACACCCUUCUAUGACCACGACACAAGGGUGGUCUUUGUGGCCGGCAAGGGAGAUGGUAACAUCCGGUACUAUGAGAUCACAGACAGCCCCCCCUACUGCCACUUCCUCAGCCAGUAUAUAUCAGGAGAACCACAGAGAGGAUUUGGUGUGAUGCCUAAGAGAGGCUGUAAAGUGUCUCAGUGUGAGAUAUUCCGUUUCUACAAAUUGUAUGCCACCAAGGCCAUCUGUGAACCCAUCUCCAUGAUAGUACCCAGGAAGAGUGACCAGUUCCAGCCUGACCUGUACCCUGACACAGCCUCCCCCACACCAGCCAUGUCAGCUGAGGAGUGGUUCGCGGGCACCACCAGAGGGCCAGUUCUGAUGUCAAUGAAGACAGGAAUGACCAUCAAGACUCACCGGCCUCUCCCACUGAGACCAACCGAGUCCUCCUCUGACAAAAAUGCCGACAAGAAGUAUGCUUUCCUCUCCCGGGAGACGCGAGCCGACUACCGGCCGCUGGAGGCAAGUGUCAAGACCUCCAGUAGCACAGACAAAGAUCUCAAGACUUCCACUAAUUUGGACACGAAAUUCCAAGCUCUACAAAAACUCUGGGGAUGCAAUGUUAAGAAUAUGGGAGACAACAAAGAGCAGUGUUCCACCAAUAGCAGUGGGAUUGAAAGUGAAAAGACUUACACAUCCACCAAAAACACCAUCAAUAAAAUGAACAUCAAGUCUGGGGACUCUCCCCACAAGUUGACUAGCUAUGCUAUGCAAGAAAAAGAGAUUGAGAUCUUGGAGAAGCCUUCCCCAAAGACUGAAUCUGAGUCCAACCCCAAUGAAUCACAGGAAGCGGCCGCAGCAGAAGCUCCGUAGAGCAUACACAGCCCAGUGUGAGGAGCUCAAGCUGUUGCGCCGCCAGUUGAUUAUCAAGGACCGGAGGAUCCACGAGCUGGAAGACCAGCUCAACCAAUUCAAGACUCACCAUAAAUAGGAGCACCUGUUUGGCUCAGUGGCCAGGUGUCUGAGCUCAGGCACCAGCACUCUUCACACCCACUGAUUUCAGGCACAGAUGAAGGUGCUGCACACUUUGCAUGUAAUGCAAAUGAAAGUUCACUGCCCAUCAGCACUAAGGGGGUUAUUUUACUGCUGUCAUUAGCUGAGGUGAGCGGCUGUCACAUAGAUAAGUAAGUACCGUAAUCACAUAGCAUACUCACUGCAGGUCACAGGGCAUCAAGGUCAUGUAACCUGCUUGGGUUAGCAGAGAUAUAACAUGUAUCAGGUGGUAGGUGUCCUCACCUCACAAUGGCUCACAGGUAUCCCAAACUUUUUUGUAUAAAUGAUAUAACUGUAAGUGUUUUGCGUGAGUCAAUUUCAACAUCACAGGUUGUUCCUACCUAUCAUAUACAUUAGGUAAAGGUAUAUUGCAAGGAUUCUUCAUUAUAACUAACGAGAUUAGAAAAUAAAUAAAGACGUGCAACAUGUACCAAGAGUUUUCAACAAAUAGUUCAGAACAGAAUGGUAUUUCUGUAUUGCUGGAGCAGCUCGUGGAACCUUUGGUCCACAGACCUGGCAUUUGCUGCUGUGCAAUACGCCGAGUUGUGAUAGGUAGUUUGAUGAAUACUUUGCUGCCUUUUCUGGUUCUCAGUGCAGCUCUUAAAAGGCCUGAAAUUGCAUCCCAUGCUUGACUGUUGCAUCAGCAAAACUUUCACUUAAAAUCCUAAGCUAUUAUGCAAGAGUUCUGCCAUACAGAAUUCUUAUGUGUAGUUUGCUAGAGGCGCAGAAUGAAACUGGUGGUGUUGGCUUGCUUCAGCAGUCUUUGGGGGAUUGAAACUCUUCUCUGUCCUUCACUGCCUUCCUGUAACACUUGUUCAUAGAUAUCAAGCACUUAUGCACAAAGAAUGAAAUAAUUUGAGUUGGACAAUAAGUGUGCCUUCUUACUGCAGUACAGGGAAAUCUUAGUACAGUCAGUGUUUUCAGUUGUUUAUAGCUUGGGUACAGUAACUAAAGGGUGUGAAAAUAAUCUGAGUUUGCUGCCUUGAUGGUUGUGCCAAGAGGAUGAUGACUGGCUGCCCCCCAGGAAUCAGGACUGAGUGGCCUGGUUGAUGGUUAUGAUUAUUGAUAGUAAGGAACUUUUAAGGCAUUGCAGCAUUUCUCAGCCUAAGAAAUAUAAAAAUACUCAAGUUUUCUUGUGAAUGAAAUAAAAAGUAAAUUGUUUUAAAUUAGAAACUGAAUAUCUAAAAUAGCUUGUUAAACUUCUAAAUAGGAUUUUCAACAUCCGUGCAUAAGUGCUGUGCUUUCAUCACUGCUGCUGUAAGCUAGGGUCAGUGACUGUGCAGGGGAACAUGUAAUGAACAAGUAGUAUAACAGUAGGUUGCCCAAAGCCUUGAGCUGCUUGGGAUCUUAUUGAUAAAAAGAACAUUUAUAUACAAGUAGUAUUACUUCUUGAAAGCUUGAUUGAAUCUCUCACUGAAAAAUGCUCAUAAUCUGGUAGUCACUCUUUUAGGAUGCAAUGCAUUUGAUUUUCAUAUAACCUUGCUACUUGCAGACUUUACCCACCAGUAAUUCCUUUUUUUCAUUCCAUGUUCAUGGGUUGUCACAAGGUGAGGUUGCUUUGUGUGGCUAUUUAAAUAUUUAUUGAGCCAAAUUGUAUCAAUGUGAUAACAGUAAUCACCAAAGAGAAAAUGCCAACUCAUACCAUUGUAUUUCCAUUUUAUAUCAUAUAAUGAAAUGGAUGAGGGCUGAGGCAGCUGAGUAAAUCAUUCCUGUGGCAGUCUAUCCACUGGCAGCAAGGGUGGGAGUGUAUCGGGCGACUGCCCAACACACGUCUGCUCCUGCUGCACAAAUUUCUUUGAUUGUCUUGUGCACUCAUCCAUUGCACACUAGAGUUAAUUUGUGUGCCCUCAGUAUAACUGGCAGUUAAUUUAGUGUAUGUACCCAGAUACAUAUACUUGCAUACGUAUGAAUCAAGACUGUCCUUAAGUAUAUAAUGUGAAAUGUUAGGCUUAACCAGUCUGGUAUUGAUGAUUUUAUUAUAUACUUAUGGCAUUAUGUAAUCUGAUGAGUAUUAUUUUUAUAAAUAUUUAUAUGUACUUUUUUUUACACUUGUAUUUUUUAAAUAAUCUGUUUUUUUGGUCUGGAAGUAAUGUUCCUUUCUGUUUGUGGUUGCUUUGGGUCAGUAGUUCAAUAUUUACCAGAGAUGUAGUAAUGUUUUACAAUCUUAGGUUUUUGUGAAACCUUUGGAAGUUUUGUUUGUUAAUAAGGAUUCUUUAUGUUCCUCUUGGGAAUGUUGAAGAUUGGCAAGGGUUACUGUUGGCUCCUCAAGUCUUGGUUCAUUCCCACCCUAUAGUUCACUAAGCACUUAUUUUAAAGGGACAUUUGUAACUAUUACUUUAAACGGUUAUCAUUCCUGCGAGAUCUCAAAACCUGUUUAUUUUAUUUUAUUUUUUAUUUUCAUGACCUUUGUGUAGAUGCUUAAGCCUUACUGUAAAUUCAGAUUACCUUUCUUUUCCAGUUUUGUAAAGUUGGUAUAAAUUUCUUGAUAAUAUUACAUUUUAUUAAGUUUGUUAUUGAAGUUUAUGGCCAAUUUUAAAGAGUACUUAGUCUUGAUCAUGUGUAUUAGAGGUAGGUUUAUUUCCCUUGAUUUCCUUAAACAUAAGAGCUUAAUGAUUUUGAAAAGGAUAAUCAAGUAAGAUUAUUUAAUCAUGGACAAACUUUCUGGCCUGUACAUGGACCCAGAGAAGCAUAAACCUGUGAACCAAACCAGGAAGAGGCACUGUUGCAGGUUAGUCAGCUUUUAGGUAUGAAAAAGAUUUUUGUCAUGGAUUCAUCAAUAUUUGUAUAUCAGGGAUAGUGGAAAGGAAGGACUUUUCCCUGAGGCUAUAUGUAAUUUUGUGUUUGAAAGACUUUGGCAGCAAUUUUCCCAUAUUUUUACAUCUCCGGCACCAGCCGGAACGAAGAUGUGAUUGUCGGUUGUAGACGUGGGAACGUUGGAGUUUUAUUUUAUUUUUUUACUGAAGUAAUUUUAUUUUUUAGAUUUUUAGUAAGACAAAUUAAGGACAGUGAUAUUUUCUUAGAAUCUUAAGUUAGGAUAGCUAUAUUGAAGCCAUCUGCAGUUUUAGUUGUGAUGGUCAGUAUUAAUUUUCACUACUAUUGAAGAGUUGUGUUGGUAAAAGUGUGCACCACAACAAAAACAGGACUAGAAUCGGUAUUGGUACUGACGUUUUUUGACCAGAAGAAAUGCCAAGAUUGAUUUGUGAUUUUUAUAAUGAUAUUUUAACAAUGUAGCUAUUUAUAACUAAUUUGCAUGAUAAUUGACAUGACAAAAGAUGUGAUACAGAUGUACUGAAAAACCAUUAAGGCACAGUGGAUGAUGCUUCACCAGCCUGAAGGACACACCAAGGUUACUAAAAAGACGUUAUUCACUAUAGCAUAAGGCACUCCAUUAUUUUGUCCUUACUAUGUGCAACACAAAUAAAUGGUUGUAAUGGAA